AUGGACAUUGUUGCAACGACACAAAAGGAGCUGUAUGGAUGGUACGCGUAUGCAUGGGCCGCCGAGCCGUUCAUGGUUGUGGCUGUAGCAACUUACAUCCCCCAAUUGUUGCAAUCAUACGCUCGUCAGAAUGCGGUUUUAGCAGACGAUCACUCUCAGCCCUGCGAUUCGCCUCCAGUGCCAUUUCCAGGCGACCCCGGAGUUCCUACCGACCCUGGUAUCCCCCCAAACAACAGUCUGUCCUCAUCUGUGCCCUGGUUUCUGCGCGCAAAUGAGAUUCAGCUGUUGGAGUCCCCCGACACCGUGCAUACCAUGAAAGACCAUAAGGCGAAACCCACACAGCCCACGUGCGUCAUCAAAUUUUUUGGCAUCUACAUUGACACUGCAUCUUUUCCUCUCUACACAUUCUCGCUUUCAGUGCUGCUGCAGGUCGUCGUGGUCAUCUCCAUGUCUGGAGCAGCCGACCGCGGCCGUUUCCGAAAACAAUUGCUCUUGUUUUUCGGCAUUGCCGGAGCUCUAACCACCGGCCUGUUUGUUUUUAUCACCCCCAAGCGGUACUACCUUGGUUCGUUCCUCGCUAUCGUCUCUAAUGCUGCUUUUGGUGCCGCUACAGUGUGCGGAAACGCAUAUUUGCCAGUCCUGGCAGCAGGUAUGAAGGACGGAACCACGUCAGAGGAGCCCAGCGAGCCCAGCACUCCUUCCGAUACGUCGAAACCCGCCUCCAGAAGCGAGAACACACCGCUGCUAUCCGCCUCAGGUGUUGACUACGAGACUGGAGAAUCAUCCAACACAGCCGAAAUCGUCAAAAUCGACCACAGAGCAAACGUGUCGGCCAGAAUCUCGGGAACAGGUGUAGCCCUGGGCUACCUUGCCGGAUUCAUUGUCCAAAUCAUCUCCAUAUAUCUGGUCAUCACUACAGGUUCUACCACCUGGUCUCUGCGUCUGGCUCUGCUGAUUGUUGGUGUAUGGUGGCUCAUUUUCCAGAUUCCUGUGCUAAUGUGGUUAAAACCACGUCCUGGUCCUCCUCUUCCUAUCAAGACAGACCCCCAGAACCACCCCUGGACUGCUACUCUGGAUCGUGUCACUAACGGAGGAUGGUCGUAUGUUACCUAUGGAUGGAAGACCCUCCUGGUGACCUUCAAAGAGGCUCGUCAGAUGAAGGAUGUGGCUCUUUUCUUGGUGGGUUGGUUCCUAGUGUCCGAUGGAAUCACUACCAUCAACUCCACAGCCGUUCUGUUUGCCCAGGGUGAGCUGCGGAUGUCUCCUGCUAAUCUGGCGGUCAUGGGCAUGCUCGUUGUGAUCAGUGGCAUUUCUGGAGCCAAACUGACACCUCUGAUUGGAGGAACAAGGGCGUCUCCUAUCAAAUCCAUCGUUGUAGUGGUUUCUCUGGCUGCUGCAGUUCCCGCUUACGGUAUUCUAGGUUUCUUCUUCACCAACAUUGGUCUGAAAAACCCGUGGGAGCUUUACGUGCUUGCUGUUUGGUAUGGCUUUGCUCUCGGAGGUCUCAACACUGUCUGUCGAUCGACGUUCAGUAUGCUGAUUCCACGCGGAAAGGAGGCUGUCUUCUUUUCGCUCUUUUCCGUCACCGACAAGGGCUCCUCUGUGCUCGGGCCCCUACUUGUUGGUCUGAUUGUUGACAAGACUCAUAACCUGCGCCACGCCUUCUACCUUCUGUUGGUACUGCUGAUCACUCCCAUUGGACUGUUCCUGAUGAUUGAUAUGGAGCGGGGUAGAAAGGAGGCCGAGUACUUGGAGACGGUGGAGGAGUAG